AUGACUUCAGUAAUGAAUAAAGGUGUGUUGGGACCUUGUAUUGCUGAAGUGAUGAAAUCAGUUUCAUCUUUACCCGGGGCAGAGCCAGGUUUACUUGAUUGUUUUCAGAAUAUGGACAUUAUAGAUGAGGAGGAGUUUUACUUCUAUCAAGAUGUAUGUUUGUUGCUACGCACAGUUGAAUAUUACCAUGACACAUAUCUUGUUAAAACUCCAUGCAUGAAUUCUGACCAAACAGGAAAUAGAUGGAUGAUGGAAUUACUAGCAGGACAUGAAAGUCGUUGUUAUAGAAUGUUUAGGAUGGAAAAACAUGUUUUUCUCAGAUUAUGUAAUGAUUUACUAGAAAACUAUGGCUUGACUGGUUCAAAGAACAUAUGUGCUGCUGAGAUAGUGGGAAUGUUCGUGCAUAUGUUAGGACAUGGUGUUGGGAAUAGUGUAUGUCGAAUGGCUAUUGAUGUUAUAAAGCCGCCGGAUCCUGAGUUCAAUGAAAUUCCUGAGGAAAUAUCAAGAGAUACAAGAUAUAUGCCUCAUUUUAAGAAUUGUAUAGGGGCUAUUGAUGGUGUACAUGUGUAUGCCUCAAUACCUCCUCGAGAUCAAAUACCAUAUAUUGGAAGGAAAGGCAUACCGACUCAAAAUAUAAUGGCGGUGUGUAAUUUUGACAUGCAAUUCACUUUUGCAUGUGCCGGGUGGGAAGGAACUGCACAUGAUACAAGGAUAUUCACCUAA